GCUUUCCCCAAACCAACAACUGUCACCAACCACCACUUCACUCGUUGAGAACCGCCCUCAACCACACCGACACAGCACAGAACACCAUGCCUCGCCAGUCCAGGUCAACCGCCCGCCCGGCGCCCGCCCGGCCCUCCGUCCCCGCGCGCUCGGCGCCCGCUCCGACGCAGCAGCAGCAGACGCGGCCGGCAACCACCUACGCGGCCCCUCCGCCGUCCGCCCCGGCGCCGACAGCUACCGCUCCCACCGCGCAGCCCGUCUCCCAAGGCCCCGGUCUCCUGGGCCAGAUGGCUAGCACCGCGGCUGGCGUCGCUAUCGGCUCCUCGAUCGGCCACGUCGUCGGCAACGGCAUCAGCAGCCUGUUCGGCGGCUCGUCCUCGGCGCCGGAGCCGGCGCAGGCCACCCAGGCGCAGGCGGCGCAGCCCAGCAACAACAGCUGGGGCAACAACUGCGCGGGCGCCACGGAGCAGUUCACGCGCUGCAUGGACGAGCAGGGCGGCAACAUGCAGAUUUGCGGGUGGUAUCUGGAGCAGCUGAAAGCGUGCCAGGCUGCGGCUCGCCAGUACUAGGAUGGCUGAGGGUUAAUUGCAGAAGGGGGAGAAGGAGGAGGGGGUGUAAUUCUACAGCAUCAGCAUGGGGUUUGGGGAUGGAGACACUCUGCUUUCAUGGAAUGACUGUACAAUAAGUGAAGCAGCGUAAGACACCUCCCGCUCUUCAAACUC